AUGCCUCACAAAGCGAAUCCCAUUGAUUUUGAGAACAGCGAAAGCAAUUUAGGCGUGGCUAAUGGAGGUUUUUUUUCUCAUCUAAGCUUGAAGUUGCCGAUUUCACGUUGGCAGAGGGAUUUGACUGAUUCAACUGUCUUAAGGACCAUGGGUGUCAAUUUUGGUCAUUCCCUUCUUGCAUUAAAGCACACUUCAAGGAAUUGGGAAGCUUCAGGUCAACGAAGCUCGCUUGAGCGAAGAUGUGAACCAGUGCUGGGAGAGCUGACUAGAGGGAAAGCAAUUACCAAAGAAAGCUUAAGAGACUUCAUUGAAGGCUUAAAUAUUCCUAAAUGCAAAGACCUAUCUCUUAAGUUAACGCCGCAUACUUACGUUGGAACCGCCGUUGAACUGGCCAGAACUGUAGAACACGAGGUGGAUCGUGGAGGAGACCGGAACAAGGAGGAAGAAAAGGGGUCCAGCGGCGGAGGCCAUGGCACAACGUUUCCUUAUGUUUUUUCGUCACAAGCAUUCUGUCCGGGUCCUCCCAACCGCUCCAUUUGCCUCAACUAA